UCCACAAACCGUGCAUAUCAUACAGACAGACAAAUAUGAAAAUGAAGCUCUAUUCUUUGAUUCUCUUCUUAGCUUUCUUGCUUGGAACCUCGGCAGAACAAUGUGGAAAACAGGCCGGGGGUGCUGUCUGUCCAAAUGGGCUAUGUUGCAGCCGAUUUGGGUGGUGUGGCACCACAACUGAGUACUGUGGAACUGACUGCCAGAGCCAAUGCCGCCCUGGUGGAACCCCAUCACCUACUCCAAGUGCUGGUGGCGAUGUUAGCAGCAUCAUCAGUGCAUCUCUCUUUGACCAACUGCUCAAGUAUCGGAACGAUGGAAGAUGUAAAAGCAACGGAUUCUACACCUACAACGCUUUCCUCGCUGCUGCCCGAUCUUUCAGUGGAUUUGGCACAACUGGUGAUGCUAAUACACGCAAAAGGGAGAUUGCAGCUUUCUUGGGUCAAACUUCUCAUGAGACCACAGGAGGGUGGCCAAGUGCACCGGAUGGCCCAUAUGCAUGGGGAUAUUGCUUUAUUACGGAAAAUAACAAGGCAGACUAUUGUACGUCCAAAGAUUGGCCAUGCGCUCCUGGCAAACAAUAUUAUGGCCGGGGUCCUAUUCAACUCACUCACAACUACAAUUACGGGCAAGCAGGUAAAGCCAUAGGAGCUGAUCUCAUAAACAAUCCGGAUUUGGUGGCCACAGACCCGACCAUAUCGUUCAAGACAGCAAUUUGGUUUUGGAUGACUCCACAGGCAAACAAGCCAUCCAGCCACGAUGUCAUCAUUGGGAAAUGGACACCAUCCGCUGCAGACAGGUCCGCCGGUCGAGUCCCAGGCUAUGGUGUCAUCACUAACAUAAUCAACGGUGGGCUCGAAUGUGGGCGCGGUGCCGAUAAUAGAGUGGCUGAUAGAAUUGGGUUCUAUAAGAGAUAUUGUGACCUUCUGGGAGUAAGCUACGGUGACAACUUAGAUUGCUAUAAUCAAAGGCCUUUUGCCUAAACUACGUACAUUCAUAUAUUGUCGAGCUGAUAUCGUAUAAUAUGUUUUCUUGGAGGGAAAGCAGCUUCUAAAUCACAGAUCAUGAAUAAAGAAGGAAUAAAUUCUUGAUCA